UACUGAACGCGCUGGUUGAGGGGAUUUUUGGGCAAGUGUUUUUGAGUUUUACUGUGACAGAGACAAGAUGAUGUACUCACCUGAUAAGAUGAUGGGGAGCAAGGGGCUCCAUGGGGCGCCUAUAUCGGCACCUGGGUGCUUUCCAUCUGGAAGAUACUCACCGCCAUCGUAUCGCGCUGCGCCGGAUCAAAUGCCACCACCGCCACCGCCGAGAAGGUGCAUGCCAAAUCCACCGAGCCGGAUACUUGAAGAUGCGUCGAUCAUGUGUAAUUCCUGGUCACCAAGGCAUAAUGGCGAUAUUUUUGGAGGUCUCAACAGCGGUCUUCAGGACGGAUUGUUGUCAAGGGCGGAGGCACUUGCUGCUGAUUUAGGAAAACACAAUGCUGGCACGCCUAUGCCACUUAAGCAUGAUCCGGUAUCAGUUUAUCAUCAUGGUGCGCACAUGGGGAGUCCGCACCCCAACAAUCGGCCUCAUCACCAGGUACAAUCACACCUAUUUAUGAGUCACCCGGGUAUGGAGAGCCUGGACAUGCUGGACCCAGCGAACUCCAUGACGACUCUAACCCCAAUGUCGGAAGGUGGCGGCGGCGGAGGAGGUAAUCACCACGGCGGCAUCCACGGUCCCUCCGUCUACGGCGGCAUGAACGGAAUGAUGAGUCACCAUCAUCACGCCAACAUCGCCGGUAGCGUACCCCACCCGCACCAUCAUCCUGCGAUGGCGGCAGCGGCGGCGGCAGCAGCAGCCGCCGGUCUCCACCCGGACGCCGACACAGAUCCGCGCGAGCUCGAGGCAUUCGCCGAAAGAUUCAAACAGAGACGCAUCAAACUAGGCGUCACACAAGCGGACGUUGGCAAAGCCCUGGCUAACCUCAAACUGCCUGGAGUGGGCGCGCUAUCCCAAUCAACGAUAUGUCGCUUCGAAUCCCUGACACUGUCGCACAACAACAUGAUCGCCCUGAAGCCAAUUCUGCAGGCAUGGCUGGAGGAAGCCGAGGCGCAGGCGAAGAACAAGAGACGCGAUCCGGACGCACCGUCGGUGCUUCCGGCUGGCGAGAAGAAGCGGAAACGCACGAGCAUCGCGGCACCUGAGAAACGCUCGCUCGAAGCGUUUUUCGCGGUGCAGCCUCGACCGUCGGGUGAAAAAAUAGCCGCAAUAGCGGAGAAACUCGACCUAAAAAAGAAUGUCGUGAGGGUCUGGUUCUGCAAUCAGCGGCAAAAGCAGAAGCGUAUGAAAUUCGCAGCUCAGCAUUGA